GAAACGACCUGGGCGGUUCCAAUUUUACUUUGGGUCGGGGUGUAGCGAAUUCUUGUUCUCUGAGAUGAUGGCGAAGUCCGGGCUGGGGUCGGAUCCAGACAUGACGGCAGCAGCCACUAUGCUCAAGCGGGCCGCGGAGCUGGAAUCGGAGUCCAGGUUCCAGCAGGCGCUGGUGUGUUACCAGGAGGGGCUCGAUCUGCUCCUGCGGGUUAUGAAAGGUAUCAAAGAUAAUAAUAAGAAAUGUAAUCUCAAAGAAAAGAUUUCUCACUACAUGGAUAGAGCAGAAAAUAUAAAGAAAUACUUGGACCAAGAAAAAGAAGAUGGGAAGUAUCACAAGCAAAUUAAAAUAGAAGAGAAUGCAACAGGUUUUGGUUAUGAAUCACUUUUAAAAGAAUACCUUAAUGAGACAGUUACAGAAGUGUGGAUAGAAGAUCCUUAUAUUAGACAAACUCAUCAGCUCUAUAACUUCCUCCGAUUUUGUGAGAUCCUUACUAAGAGCUGUAAAGUAAAAACCAUUCACCUUCUUACCUCUACGGAUGCAGGCAGUAGGGCAGAGCAGGUGAGAGCCCUGGAUGAAAUAAAACAGUCACUCAGGAGUUAUGGAGUGCUGCUGGAAAUAAACUAUUCUUCUUCAAUACAUGACCGAGAAAUUAGGUUCAACAAUGGAUGGCAGAUUAAAAUUGGAAGGGGACUUGAUUAUUUUAAGAGACCACAGGGCUGUUUUUCCCUUGGAUAUUAUGAUUUUGAUUUAAGGCCAUGUCGUGAAACAACAGUGGAUAUUUUUCAUAAUAAGCACACAAAAAAGUUAUGAUGGGUAGUAGCUUAAUUCAUGUACAUUUUCACCUUAUGUGAUGACAUAUGAACUAUAUAUAGCACAUACUGGGUAAAGAAUAGAGGUUUACUUAGCCCUUGUUUCUGGGCCCUGAGAAGUCUUAAGAGCAUGGUGCUGGCAUCUCUGAGGACCUUCAUACAUCUUAACGUGUGUGGCACAAACAGACAGUAUGUUUGUCUGAGAGAGUCUGGAUCUGUGAAAGCCUGUGAGGCAGAGCCAGUCAUCUCUCAGAUGUCCACGUCUGAACACUACUGCAAUGGGGACCAAGUUUCCAACAUAGGAACUUCUGGGGACAAAUGCAAACUUUAGCAAGGAAAUAAAAUACUGGAUUCUUUUUUUUUCACUUUAAACAUUUUUAUAAUGUGUGAAUUUUAAAAUAAACUUGUAUUUCUACUAA